GUCCUUCUUCAGUGCGCGAGGAAACCAAACCUCAUAUGUAUCAGUGAAAAAAGCUUAAUUUAUUUAAAUUAGUCAGUAGGGAGAAGUCAAUUUUAUUACUUGAAAAAAGUUCAGCUCAAUCGAUUAUUAAUGAAUAAUUGCAAUGUGUUAGCAGUUGGAAAUUUAUUUCAAAAUUAUUCGCGUGGAUGAAGCAAAUUUUAAGAAAUUUUUAAGCUCAUCUCAAUCCUAUCAGUGCAGAUUUUUAUUAUUUUUACUUGCCUGCAUAUCCAAUCAGAUCUGAAUAAGUGUCCUAAAAAGGAAUAUCUGUGCAAAAAUUACACCAUGUCGAGAGCGCAUUGGUUUGCAAUUUGUAAUAUCCUUUUUGCGUCACUACCUCUAGCAGUACUUGGCAUCGAUCUCAGUCGUCUUUAUGGACAUAUGCCUCCGGUCUCAAAAAGGAGUGAAGCCUGUCAUCCAUAUGAACCGUUCAAGUGCCCAGGGGAUGGAAAUUGUAUUUCUAUUCAAUAUCUGUGCGACGGAGCACCUGACUGCUCGGACGGUUACGAUGAGGACAUGAGGCUUUGUACGGCAGCAAAACGGCCACCAGUUGAGGAAACUGCAUCAUUUUUACAAAGCUUAUUAGCUUCGCAUGGACCGAACUACCUAGAAAAACUGUUCGGUAGUAAAGCACGGGAUGCACUGGCACCUCUGGGAGGUGUGGAAAAAGUGGCAAUAGCUCUCAGUGAGUCACAGACCAUAGAAGAUUUCGGAGCUGCAUUGCAUUUAAUGAGGUCUGACUUGGAGCACUUGAGAUCCGUGUUCAUGGCGGUGGAAAACGGUGAUUUAGGAAUGCUUAAAUCGAUAGGCAUCAAGGAUUCCGAACUCGGCGACGUCAAGUUUUUCCUCGAAAAAUUAGUCAAUACAGGCUUUCUCGAUUGAGUGGCACCAGAAUCAUAUUCGCCAUAUUAUUAUUCAGUUCCUCUGCAGCCCCAGUUCUACUCCUAUUUGGGAUCUUCAUACGAAGGGUAUAACUACUAAUAUGGAGAUUUGCAAAUGGUUUUACAUCUAAAGCCAGUUAUGUGGUUCUGAAAUACUGACUGACACAAAUAGUUUCCUAACCACGUAUCUGCCUUUGUAAAUUCAUGUUUAUUUUUAUAUUGUUUAAUUUUUAUUUUAAUAUUUGAUUUAACAGGGUUUCUUUAUAUCUUAAAAAAGCAAAUAUUGUUCAUAAAUAUACAUGUUCGCAUAUCUAUAUUUAUACAAUUCUCUAAACUAGAUAAAAGUUGUCAAAUACUGUGCACACAUUUAGUUGAACUUCAUCAGCAGAAACGUCCAUAUUAUAGUGCUUAAAUUGAACGAAAAUCGCAAGAAAUUAAUGAUAAAUAAUGGAUUGAUACAUCUUAUGGAAAGAGUGACGUGGAGUUUCAGUAAGCUCAUCUUUAUAAUAGCUUUGAGCUACAGGGAAAAUAUAUUGAUAUUAUUUUCUUUGGUAUAGGCUAUUAAACGAAACAUAUCAGCUCUACUGCAAUAGACUUUAGACUUUUAAUAUGAGCUAAGCUUUGCAACGAAAUUUAAUUUCCAGGUCUACAAAAGGAACUCCAUUUAACAUGCAAUCCCAAACUCAAACAAAUCUGAAGGAGUUGUGUACCUUAUUCUAGAACAUAAAUAAACAAAAACAAAACAGUUGUGCAAUCAACCCAUGCCACAUAUAUUAACUCGUAUUUACAAAACAUUCCUACCCUUUUAUGACAGACAAAAAUAUUUUAGGAAAAUAACCUGAAGGACGAGUGAAAUUUGGAAUCAAUCAAAUGAAUAAAAAAAUGUUGUGCAGAAAUGCAGCAUAGCAGGAGAACAACCCAAUAUCUUAUGAGAGACCACUAAUAGAAAAAAAAUCACAAGCAGACAUAUCGAUCGUUCAUCUUAUGAAAGCAACAAAGAACAAAAUCAAUGUUGCUGCGUAAUGUACCAUGAAAAGUUCUAUUCACGUUCGAAUACAUUCUAGAUGUUUUGCACGAACAACUAGAUGUCAAACAUAUCUAAUGGUAAUGGACAUUGUUUAGUUUCACUUUACCUUUAUAUCACACGUACACGAAACAGACAGAACUAUUGUGAAAUCAUGUUUUCUAGAAUUUUGAAAAAAAAAAUUGUUUCAUAUGCUUCAGAGAAGUAUUAUUUUUGAGCAAUGGAAUCUUGAAUUCGAGUAAUAAUUUACUAAUACUGAAAACAGUCCGCAGAGAAGCAUAUCAAAUACAUAUCAAAUUUGCAAAGCAAAUGAACUGUUUAAAAAUCAUAGGCAAUAUGUAUCGUACUGUUUUAUUGAUAAACUUUAUAUUGAGUUGGAUAUAAGAAAGAAAACUUUGCAAGCAAUAUUUUCAUUAACAUUGUAUUAUUGAAACACUUUUAAUUGUUCCAAUGUGCCACGAAUUAGACUAGAAAUUCAUAUCCCUGAUACAUAUAUUUAAUUUCGUUUAUUCCGUUCUCAUACAAUUAUCCAAAGUUAGGGCAAUCAUCUUCGUGCAUAACUCACUCCAUUUCGCAACUAUUAUAACGGCACAGACUGUCUAUAGCAACAUGCACAAUCUAUCUUUGUAUACUAUCCAGAGCUUAACUUCGAACGUAAACGAUAACUAUUUUAAAUAUAUUUCAAAAAUAUCUACCCUGUAUUACUCAUCUACUUUCGUUGACUAAAUUGAUAUUAUUUAAACAUUAAACCCUUGCUGCAUAUAUGUUUACAUUUCAAAUUGACAUGAAGCUAAUAUCUUUUUUGUAAAAGCUUUAUAACAAUUAUGUUUUAUUGUGCAAUCAUGUGCAAUGAAACAUAGAUAAAAUCUAUGGGAAUAUAAUUUACGGCCUGAAAACACUUCAUAUAUUAUAAGUCUUAUUUUCUCUUAGCGACA